CCGCUACUGUUUUGGCCGAUUCAAGAUGGCGGUGCAGGAGUCGGCCGCCCAGCUGUCCAUGACCCUGAAGGUGCAGGAGUACCCGACCCUCAAGGUGCCCUAUGAAACACUGAAUAAACGCUUCCGAGCUGCUCAGAAGAACAUUGACCGUGAGACGAGCCACGUGACCAUGGUGGUGGCCGAGCUGGAGAAGACCCUGAGCAGCUGCCCUGCCGUGGACUCGGUGGUCAGCCUGCUGGAUGGCGUGGUGGAGAAGCUCAGUGUCCUCAAAAGGAAGGCGGUAGAGUCCAUCCAGGCUGAGGAUGAGAGCGCCAAGCUGUGCAAACGCAGGAUCGAGCACCUCAAGGAGCACAGCAGCGACCAGCCUGCGGCGGCCAGCAUGUGGAAGAGGAAGCGCAUGGACCGCAUGAUGGUGGAGCACCUGCUGCGCUGCGGCUACUACAACACGGCCGUGAAGCUGGCGCGGCAGAGCGGCAUCGAGGAUCUAGUGAACAUCGAGAUGUUCCUGACAGCCAAAGAAGUGGAGGAGUCCCUGGAGAGGCGCGAGACCGCGACCUGCCUGGCCUGGUGCCACGAUAACAAGUCCCGGCUGCGCAAGAUGAAGAGCUGCCUGGAGUUCAGCCUAAGAAUCCAGGAGUUCAUUGAACUCAUCCGGCAGAACAAGAGACUGGACGCUGUGAGACACGCAAGAAAGCACUUCAGUCAGGCCGAAGGGAGCCAGCUGGACGAAGUCCGCCAGGUCAUGGGCAUGCUGGCCUUCCCGCCAGACACACACAUCUCCCCCUACAAGGACCUGCUGGACCCGGCCCGGUGGCGGAUGCUGAUCCAGCAGUUCCGGUACGACAACUACCGGCUGCACCAGCUGGGGAACAACUCCGUGUUCACGCUCACCCUGCAGGCCGGCCUCUCGGCGAUAAAGACACCGCAGUGCUACAAGGAGGACGGCAGCUCCAAGAGCCCCGACUGCCCUGUGUGCAGUCGCUCCCUGAACAAGCUGGCGCAGCCCCUACCCAUGGCCCACUGCGCCAACUCCCGCCUGGUCUGCAAGAUCUCGGGCGACGUGAUGAAUGAGAACAACCCGCCCAUGAUGCUGCCCAACGGCUAUGUCUACGGCUACAACUCCCUGCUCUCAAUCCGUCAAGAUGAUAAAGUUGUUUGCCCAAGAACCAAAGAAGUCUUCCACUUCUCGCAAGCCGAGAAAGUGUACAUCAUGUAGGCCUGCGUCGCCAAGCGCACGCGGCGGGGUCGGGCAGCCACAGGGAGCCCCUCGCCCUCGGCCCCAGCUGCUGCGGCGUUUCUGUUUCUUGCGACCAAAGAUCAGUGAGCAACGAUAAAUACUCUUAGGAGAGAGGAAUGGGAUGUAACAGGUUUGUACUUGAAAACAGCGUUUUGAUUGGUAGGAUUUUGUAACGUGAGUCAACUACUUGAUGCUUCUGAAAAGUACUUUCACCUUCAAAGAGACUUUUCCUUAAAAACUGACUUCACACCGAGGGAAACUUUAGAACAUGUCAAAAAUUGGAAUCGAUUAUUUCCCUGUGUUCUCAGUUUCCUCCCUUUUGCUAAUGACGAACCUUGGGAACAGGCUGGUCCUUCGCGUGGCCUGGACGGGGGCGGCCGUGCCGAUGGACCUGCAGCGACUCGGAGGCGCCACGGGCGACCUUGUGACUCCUUGUAGAGCUGCUCCCAACGCUGGCGCCACGGGCCGGGGGAGAGGCGCGCGUCCAGGACUGCCCCGCCCGCAGGCCGUGUCAGGACGCACGUCAUUGGUGCCGCCUUAUCUCCUGCCUGAGAAUGUAUCCGCGUGGAAGCCCCGGGACUGAGUUUUGCAGAGGCCUUGCGGAUGGUUUGGUAACCUUAGGUCUAAACACUAUUCAUUACAGAAACUAAUAGUUCAGUUGAAGUAGCCACCGAUGACUUCAAAUCAAACGAACCGUUGUAGUUCACACACGACCGUAUCGUAGAGGUUUGUAUUUAGCGCUUAUUUUUGCAUGUCGAUGUUGAUUAGCUAAUAAACUGUAAAUGUAAAACGUAUUAAUAAAAGGGUUUUCUAUUUCUU